GUGCACCACCAGUACUCCGACAAGUACCUCCUCUAGGGUUCAUGACGCGGGCUGCCACGGCCUCCCAGCUGAACUGCCUGGCCACGCUCGGCCUCGACGCCGCGAAGCUGGCACAGCUGCGCGCCUGGGCCUCCUCGCAGGCCGUCUCCCUGGAGUUCGCCGCCGAGGAGCGCUGCAGCCUCGCCCGGGAGGAGAGCCGGGAGGCGGAGGGCCCGACGAGGACCGUGGAGGAGGUAACCGUCAUGGGUUCGGUCCGGAGCGCGCUGACCAGCAAGGUCGUCACGACGGUCACGGAGUACUUCUGGACCGUGUCUGUCUCCUACAGCCUGACCGCCGUGCGAGGCGUUGGCGCCUCGGCCGACGACCGGCUGCACCUCUUCGCCCGCGCGGGCAGCGAGGAGCUGAAGACGACGUCGAAGGCGGCUCCUCGGCCAGAGGUGCGGGCCAAUCCCAGGCUCAGCGUGGACGUCAGCUGGCUGCUGCUGCACCUGGACGACUCCGCCACGCCCUCCUUCACCAUCGACCGCGCGCACGACGGGUGCCACACGCCUCGCCGCAACGCCGACGUGGCGGGCGCCCUGGGCCACUUCGCGCUGGUGGCAGGGUGGGCGCACGGGGUGGCGGCCUACUUGCAGCGCCUCUUCGACAUCCCGCCCGACAGGGCUUCCUGGGACAGGGGUGCCAUCGGCCGGGAUCCGCCGCUGAUCCCGGUGCUCCCGCUAUUGGAGGAGCGGCACGAGGACGAGGGCCGCAGCACCGCAGCCGGCGCUGGGGCCAGCCAGGCUCCAGCAGCGACAGCUGGCGCCCUCGCCACCGUGGGGCCCGCCACGCAGGGCCUCUCGGGCAGCGCGCUCCUGGGCCUCGCCGACAUGAACCUCCUGCUCGAGGAGGAGGCGCGAGCGCUGCAGCAGAGGGCCGCGGCGCUGGCGGAGGCCUUCCCCAGCGCCGACGGCGGACGUCUCGCCACUGCCGCCGAGGCCCGGCUCGCGGCCACACUGACGCACUGCGCUUCCCAGAUCAGCUCGGAGCGGCCGUAGACUACAUCGAGUCCAUGCUCCGGAGCCAGCUCAUCGCUGCCAUCGGCAAGGAGGUGACGCCGGCUGCCUUCGCGGACUACAUGAGGUUCCACUAUCCGCCCUUCUGCUUCGCCGUGCGCCGCUCCGCCGGCCACUCGCCUGAGGGCACCGUGAGCAUCGAGCAAGAGCCUCGUGACGCGGGCGCGGAGUCCAGCCUUGCGGAGCCCAUCGUGACGAUGGUGGCCAAGAGCGACGUGACGUUCCGGGGGGACCGCUACCUGCAUGCCUGGCUCAGCCACCAGUUCUCGGGGCACGCCAGCGCCCGUCUCACACUGGUGUCCAGGGCACGCCAGUUCAGUUCGAUGAUCGUCAUGGUGGGCAGCAUCGUCUCAGCAACCGUGUUCGAGCCGAAGUACGCAGCCAUUGUGAAGAACAAGGACGAGCUCAGUAUUCCCCUGGAGUUGUCCACUAUCCCGACGCCCAAGGAGUUUCGGGACGCCAUCGGGUCGUUGUCGCCUGAGCAGCAGCGUUUCGCCAAGGCCUUCCGCGCCAUGCAGCUGGAAAGCACGCUCUUCGGCGUUCUCGUGAUCCAGAUCAAGCCGCAGCUCGAAAGGGUGCUAAACCUUCCGGUGGACAGCCUCGCCAAGGAGAUCAAGUUGACACAGGACUUGAUGCUUCUCUUCACCAAGUACCAGAUCCCCAGCGACCUGCUCUCCUUCGACGCGGCGACCUUCGCCAGGGCCCAGGCUGCGGAGGCCUUCGGCGAGCUCGUAGGCGGGGCCACGACCUCGGAGCGUCUGGCGGCAGUCCGGGAGAACGUGAGGGCCAUGAUGGCGAUUAUCGAGGACGAGAAGAAGGACGCCAUGCUCAGAGGAGAGGACUUUGCAGGCGCGCUUCGAGGCGCCGCUGGCGGGGAGCAGCGAGAGCAGCGAUGA